AUCAAUACUACUUUUGAUGUUUGGGUUCUACCUUCAAGCAAGAGCAGUGAGUUUCAGCUACCUGAAAUUGGUGGAAGUGAUCCAUCUGUCAUCUAUGUGACUCCAGGGUCUGAAGCCAACAUUGAUUCACUAAUCCAAGAUACCAUACGUUUAACAGCCUCAGCGAAGGAUAUCUGCUCAGAAUCAUGUGAGAAGCCUGCACUCAUAUGGCAAUAUUCUGAAGGAAAGAGGGGUUAUGAUCAGAGGUGGUCUAGGCUACUUGAGAUAAAAAAUGCAAUCUAAAGGAUGCCAAGUUUAAUCAGUCUCAAGAAGACAUUUUGCCAGGUAUUGUGACUUCUAUCAUCAAGAGCAUGCAUUAUUGCCCAAUAUUUUUUGCAUGGAGAUGUGAUCAACAGGAGAUACCUCAAACUGAAUUGCAUCCAGAAAAGAGAGGUGAAAGACAAAAUAGACAAAAUGCUUCGAAGAGAUAAGUCCAGAAGUUGGUAAAUAAUCAAGGUCAAGGAAUGCUACCUUCACCCUGUAAAAAGCAUUAUGUAUCUUCCAUUAGAUGGGCAGAAAGGAGCAACUUUUGCACUUCUAAAUUUGUGUUUUAGAUUGAUUGUUCGAAAUGGCAUAACGACUAAGUUAAUAGCCUACAGUUUUAAAAAACAGUCUAGGCAAUUUUCCACCAAUUCACUUGCAUAGUUUCGAGGUUCAAAUCCUGUGA